GCCUCUGGCGGAAAAUUGUAGAUUUAUUGGAUGAGAGUAGCGCCACGGCGGCUUCGGGAAACUCUUCUGUCAAUAGAAAAUCGUGUUUUCGUGUUUUUGCACCUGAAAAUUUGCAGAAAAACAGCCUUAAAACCUCGAUAAAUUGGUGAAAAACGCUCAGAGGAAGUUGAAAGAGGUGGACAAGUGGAUGCUGGAGACAUAAUGGACAGUGUGAAUAUUUACCAUGAGCGACAAAUCCGGGAAAUGUGUGCUUUGCAUGCCCUAAACAAUCUUUUUCAAGCCAAAGGCUCAUUCACAAAAAGUCAAUUGGAUGAGAUAUGUAAGAGAUUGUCGCCAAAUGAAUGGAUAAAUCCGCACAGAUCGAUGCUGGGCAGUGGGAAUUACGAUAUAAAUGUGAUUAUGACUGCCCUGGAGACGAAAGGAUGCGAAACUGUUUGGUUUGACAAGAGGAAAGAUCCUUCCUGCAUAAAGUCCCACGAUAUCGUUGGGUUCAUCCUCAAUGUUCCCACAGAGUACAAAUUGGGUUUUGUCACCCUUCCAGUUCGGCGGAGACACUGGAUUUCUGUCAGGAAGAUCUCCGGCCGGAACUGGUGGAAUCUAGACUCCAAGCUCUCAACUCCUCAGUUGAUAGGCGAUGACUCCAAGUUGCUUGAGUACCUGAGAAAUCAGCUCCAGAGCAAUGACAAGGAGCUCUUCCUGGUGAUCAAGAAGGGCGACGUGGAGCGGAGUCCCAGUCUUAUCAGUGGCUCGACGUAGUCUAAGAAAAAAAUUGCAUUUGCAGGGAAAAUUGUCCGACAAUAUCGACAAAAUGUGAUGUAUAAGUACUUGUUCAACAUGCACAAGCAUGCACACUCUACUAAGACACCUUGAAUUUAAGAAAUAUUAAAUUAUUUGUUGCAAUUGUGAGAGAAAA